GGCUGAGCCAGAGGCCAGAGCCACAACUCACAAGCCUAGCGAAGUGGGUGCUCCCAGAUCUUCCAUAUAUACGCAAAAUAUACAGGCACAAAAGAUCAUCAGGUAUAGAGAAAAAUGCUAGGCCUGGGCGCACCAGAUCAAGAAGUAGCCAAGAACCACUCUUCUGCUUCAUCUUCAUGGCGGCUUUUGUGCUGCAGAAACUGCACUUGUUGUUCAGGUUCAUCAGCAGAAGCAGACAGGGAAGGUGAUGGUGGCCCUGAGAAGCUUAGCAGAUCAUCAGCUUCAAAGAAGCCUGGGGGAUGGAAGGCCAUGCCUUUUAUCUUAGGGAAUGAAACGUUUGAGAGGCUGGCAGUGUUUGGGUUGCUUGCCAACUUCAUGGUGUACUUGACGAGAGAGCUGCAUAUGGAACAAGUGUUUGCUUCCAACGUUAUCAACAUUUGGUUUGGGAUUACCAACUUUGCUCCUCUCCUCGGCGCCUUCAUCUCUGACGCUUAUGUCGGUCGCUUCAAGACCAUUGCCUUUGCUUCCUUUGCUUCCCUUCUGGGGCUGAUCACUGUGACUCUAACAGCUUGGUUACCCAACCUGCAUCCUCCGCCUUGCACUCCUGAACAGCUAGCACAGAGUCAGUGUGUGAAAGCUAACAAUACUCAUCUGGGCGUUCUCAUUCUGGGACUCUGUUUCUUAACUAUAGGCUCUGCUGGUAUAAGACCUUGCAGUAUCCCAUUUGGUGUGGACCAAUUUGAUCCCACCACUGAUGAAGGCAAGAAAGGGAUCAAUAGCUUCUUCAAUUGGUACUAUACUACAUUUACUUUGGUUUUGCUGAUAACUCAGACUGUGGUGGUUUAUAUACAAGAUUCUGUAAGCUGGGCGAUAGGGUUUGGGAUACCAACUCUGUGUAUGUUCUUCUCAAUCGUCAUGUUCUUCAUUGGGACGAGGAUCUACGUGCAUGUUAAACCAGAAGGAAGCAUAUUUUCUGGCAUUGCUGAGGUCCUGGUGGCUGCUUACAGAAAGCGACAUGUGGAGCUUCCAGGUGACAAGAUCGAUGGGGUUUUCUAUGAUCCGCCAUUACAGGAGGGUUCUAUUGUUUUGUCAAAACUCCCUUUAACUGAUCAAUUCAGGAUCUUAAACAAAGCCUGUCUGAUAAUGGAGGGUGAGCUGAACACAGAUGGGACCAGAGUGAACCAGUGGAGACUUACCAGCAUUCAGCAAGUAGAAGAAGUGAAAUGCCUUGCGAGGAUAUUCCCAAUCUGGGCUGCUGGAAUCCUCAGUCUGACUUCAAUGGCACAGCAAGGCACAUUCACAGUAUCACAAGCCUUAAAAAUGAACAGGCACCUCGGACCCAAGUUCCAAAUUCCAGCAGGUUCACUCGUGGUCAUCUCGUUCCUCACCAUAGGCCUGUGGGUCCCUUUCUACGACAGAGUCUUCGUACCUUCGCUGAGGAAAAUCACCAAACAAGAAGGAGGCAUAACUCUGCUUCAAAGAAUCGGAAUAGGCAUGGUCUUCUCUAUCCUCUCCAUGAUCGCCGCCGGUAUGAUCGAGAAAGUGAGAAGGGAUCUAGCUAAUUCCAAUCCAAACCCACAGGGAAUCGCUCCCAUGUCAGUGAUGUGGCUAGCCCCACAAUUGAUUCUGAUGGGUCUGUGUGAGGCGUUCAAUAUAAUCGGACAGAUAGAGUUCUUUAACAGGCAAUUUCCCGAACACAUGAGGAGCAUUGCGAAUUCACUGUUCUCUUGCUCGUUCGCUGGGGCUAACUAUGUGAGCACGAUUCUAGUGACUGCAGUUCAUCGCACCACAAGAACACAGACGCAUCCCGAUUGGCUCACGAAUAACAUCAACGAUGGUAGACUGGAUUAUUUCUACUAUCUUAUUGCUGUGAUCGCGGCUCUGAACUUGGUUUAUUUCCUCUUCGUUGCUCGGCGAUAUCGAUACAAGCCAACUCCAGAUCUUCCUCAUGACGUGGAACUAGCUCCACACAAAGGCUAGUGAAGAAUUGCUUGCAGUUUGUGAUAUUACCGUUAUGUAUGUAUGAGAAACCUUCAAACUUGUUUACAAGAACAAAUGAUUGAUAAUAUCUAACCUAUCUAUCUAUCUAUCUAUUUAUGAAAAUAGAAUCGCAAGUUUACAUUUGGA